AUGAUUACAUUUAGAAACUCUUCACAUUCAACAAGACAUGAUUAUGAUACACCGCCAUCAACUCGUCGAAGUGGUGGGGAACUUGGUGGAAGGCCAGGUUUUCCUCCUCCACCAAAAUUUUCGGGAGCGCCUAUUCCCGAAUCCGAACUGCUUGAAGAUCAACCGAAGAAAAAAUUUACUGGGCGCUGCCGUCUUUUUGUUGGGAAUCUUUCAACUGAAUUUAAAGAACAAGAUCUGAAGGAGCUUUUCCUGCCAUACGGGGAAAUUUCGGAAUGCUACAUUUCUGGUAAAGGAUUUGCCUUUCUCCGCUUGGAUACUCGUGCACAUGCAGAAGCUGCGAAGGAAGCAUUGGAUACCAAAAUGGUUAAAGGUCGACAGAUUCGAGUGCGUUUUGCUGUUCAUGGUGCAGCGAUUAAAGUAAAAGAACUUUCUCCAGCCGUCUCAAAUGAAUUGCUUUAUUUAACAUUUUCUGCUUUUGGCGAUGUCGAACGUGCUGUGCACAUUGUUGAUGAAAAAGGUCGUCCAACUGGUGAAGGAAUUAUUGAGUUUGAACGCAAAUUGUCUGCGCAAGAUGCCGUUACACAAAUACGCGAACGAGUGUUUUUAGUUUCAGCUAAUUCGCGACCAUUACAAGCUGAAUUUCUUGAACCCAAAGAUGAAGAUGAUGGAUUGUCUGAAAAAAUGAUUUCAAAAACACAUCAACUUGUCAAGGAACGAGAAGUUGGUCCACGUUUUGCUACAAUGAACAGUUUUGAGUAUAUGUAUGGCCGUCGCUGGAAGGAAUUAUAUGAAUAUGAGAAUAAGCGUCGUUUGGAAUUGGAAGCAGAGUUACGGGAGCAACGUCGAAAUUUGGAUGCUGAUAUGGAAUUGGCCUAUGAAGAUUACAAAGCUGAUAUGUUACGAGAAGAAUUACAACGUCGUCAGGAAGAACUUGAACGUCUUGAAGCAGCUCGUCGACAACGCGAGGAGCGUCGACAUCAAUUUAUUGGCGGUCCGGGAGGAGGAGGAGAUGACGGCUGGAGACCUCCACCACAUGAUGGUCCACUUGGUAGACAACCGCCACCACCUAUUCCGUUUGGAGGAGGACCACCGAAUCGACCACCGCCUGGUAUGAAUGGACAUGGACAGCAAAGUUUGGGACCAGAAGUUCGCAAAUUACUCCAGAAUUUGGAUCCUGUUAUGAUGAAUAAUAGUCUUAAUCGUGGGCAAGGUCAACGAGGAGGGCCACCAAUGCCGCCUGGUGCUGGUUUGCCGUUUCCGCCGCCACCAAUUAAUGUUCUCGACAGAAAAGGAGGAGCACCCAGUGGUGGGCCGUUGGAUCGAAAACAACAAAGUCCGGCCAAUAUGAAUCUUCUGGAUCGAAAUCCGCCUGCAGGACCUAAUCCAUUAGCUAAUUUUAUGAUGGGCGGCAUGCCGCGAAUGUCGCCACCUGGGGGACAACAUGGUGGAAUGCGUAUUCCUCCGCCACCAUCUUCUCUUUUAGGCCCAGCUCCAAUGGAUUUUGUUGUAGGUGAAAAACGUGCUCGACGUUAG